AGUUCCUGUUGAAAAUUGUUUCCUGCGUGGCUCGCCCCCGCCCCCCAUUCUUCCCUGGGAAAGUAUAGAUUUUCACGAACACAGGGAGUUCUGUUUUCUCUGUUAAAAACAACUCUCCUUUACUGGGGCAGGCUUUGUGUUUCACCCCAGGAAACAGAGCAUUGCACUGGGAGGUAACUCCGCUGGGUGAGGUGCAGCCUGUCACCUGACCGGUCUCUGGGGCUGCCGGUGGCAUCAGGCUGCAUUCCUUGAAUUCUUCCACCGGGCACCGGCUCCGCAAUGAACAACUUCAGGUUCACUGAGCUGAGCGGAUUCCACUCGCUGUGCCCUUGGAGCCUGCCUGAAUCUCUCGCCCAGCCUCAAACCAUGCAGCUGAGUAACUGCAAGGGCGCCUUUGAGGAGUAGCACGCAGAGAGUGUCAAUGAAGACCUCAAAGUCUGGAGAAAAAUGAUCUUUCAUGGAAUAAGAAGUAUACCUCCUGCUACAUGUUUUUGUCUUACUGACCUCUGAUAACUGAAACACAUGGCUCUGGGUCUGUAGAAAGUCAACUGAUCAAACUCCUCCUCACCAUGCAUCAACUGUUCAGACUGGUUUUGGGACAAAAAGAUCUUUCACGAGCUGGGGACCUCUUCUCCUUAGAUGACUCUGAGAUUGAAGACAGCCUGACAGAAGCUUUGGAGCAAAUUAAGAUAAUUAGCUCAUCUUCAGAUUACCAAACCAAUAACAAUGACCAGGCAGUAGUUGAAAUCUGUAUCACAAGAAUCACAACAGCCAUCAGAGAGACUGAAUCUAUUGAAAAGCAUGCAAAGGCCCUUGUGGGGCUCUGGGACUCCUGCUUGGAACAUAACCUGAGACCUUUCGGGAAAGAUGAAGACACUCCUCAUGCAAAAAUUGCAUCUGAUAUCAUGAGUUGCAUUUUACAGAAUUACAACCGACCCCCAGUGAUGGCAUUAGCCAUCCCCAUUGCAGUGAAAUUCCUCCACAGAGGCAACAAGGAACUGUGCAGGAAUAUGUCUAACUACCUGUCUCUGGCUGCAAUUACCAAGGCAGAUCUCCUGGCUGAUCACACGGAAGUUAUAGUAAAGAGCAUACUCCAAGGUAACACCAUGUUGUUGAGAGUGUUACCUGCUGUGUAUGAAAAGCAGCCUCAGCCAAUUAAUAGACACCUGACAGAACUCCUGGCCUUGAUGUCUCAGCUGGAACAGCCAGAACAGUACCAUCUACUACGGCUUUUGCAUGUAGCAGCAAAGAAAAAACAACUCGAGGUAGUUCAGAAGUGUAUUCCUUUCCUAAUUGGGCAUUUGAAGGAUUCAACCCAUAAUGACAUCAUCCUAAACAUCCUAAUAGAGAUAGCAGGCUAUGAGCCAGUGACUUUGAAUGGUUUUCUUCCAAUGCUGAAAGAGAUUGGUGAGAGAUUCCCCUACCUCAUUGGACAGAUGGCAAGGAUUUAUGGAGCUGUUGGGCAUGUGGAUGAACUGGAAUAUGCUGGCCAAGCACCAGGGCGUGUUCAUUACAUCCUCUCUGGGCCCAGAGUCAUGGACACUUUUCAAGUAAAGAAGUGACACACAUCUUGCCCAGGUUGCAUUUCUGUGACAUCCGGCAGGCCUACAAAAACACUUUCAGGAGGAAAAGGAAAAGAAUGACAAAGGCAGCUGAGAACCACAUUACUGUCCUCAUCCUGGCUGUUGAAUAACAUCCUGAGAAAUGGGAGCUGGAUGGAUGAUUUACACCUUUAAAUUAUAAUUCAAGACGGAAAAAAAUCUGGGGACCAUUCUACAAAAGGAAGGACCUGUGACUUAAAAGCAUAAUUUCCCCAGGGAUGAUAAACUUAGUUAAAAUUUUGGUAGGUUCAAUGACUUUGGGGAUAUAUUUUCUUAAGCCUUGGUUGGUACCAGUGGCUGCUACCUAAUAUUAUAAAAUUGUCAUGAAUUGGGGAAGGAUUUUUUCCAAGGUGAAGACAGUUUUUAUUUUUGUUUGUAUUGUUAAAAAUGAUACAUGUUAAUUGUAAAUAAUAUUAAUAAUAAACCUCUUACAAAGUAUAAGGAAAACAAAGGCAAAUUUUGAGUACAUAUAAAAUAUACUUUCAAAUAAGAGUAUUGAUAUUACAUAUCCUCUCUCCCUCAGUGAUCUAGGGUGGAGCUGCUGAUUCUUUCUAACUGUAAGACCGAGUACUGGUGAUGGGGACACAGAGGAGAGAAAGACAUGGUCCCUGACCUAGAGGUCUCACAAUUGGGGAUGAGGAAAUGUAAAGACAGACAAUUGGAAUUUAAUUUGGUACUUGCUGUUAUUGAAUUUUGAACUGGACCAGGAAGGAAGGAACUAACCCCAUGAGGGGGAGUUUUAGGAGAGCAUUAUAAGUUUGGCUUGUAAGACGAUAGGGUUAUGUCAGGGGAAGAGGAGGAAGGUAUCCAUGGGGAAGUCAUCACAUUCAAUGGCAAUCAGCCUGGAAAAGGCCUUGAGUCUUCUAGAAACCAUGAAUGAUUUCAAGUGCUUGGAGCCUAGGAUGAAUAAUGGAGGGGAGGGAGAGAGAUGCGGCUGGACAGCGGGCUGGGGUCAGAUUAUGAAAACUCCUUAUUGAUUAGCAGAUAGUUCCUGUUUUCUACCUUCUCUCGGCUGAUUCUAAGAACAGUACUUUAUUUCCCUUCAUAGUGAAGAUAAGUAAAUGUAAUCCUAUGUACCUUAGUGUUCCCAAGAAACUAAAGAGCUGGUGAAAGGACAAACAGUUCCCAAAAUACUUGCAAAUGCAGAGUAGUAAAUAAUGUUACAAAAGUUACAUGUUGCAAAAAUUUUCAACAGUGUCGUGUAAUUAUCAACUGUAAUUUGGGCCAACUGACCAAAUCCACAGAAGACCUGCAGUUCCCUGUGAGCUGGGUCAGUUUGGCAAGUCCCAUGACAUGGCUGCACAUAGAAGGGGUGUCUGCGAGACCAGGAUCAAACCCUAGAAAUGGGCAGCCUGGUCCCCACAGACUUGAUCUUCCUCUUUCCAGAGAAGGACGAUCUGACUUUCCUACACUGGUGUCUGUGAAGGACGUAGGUGCCUGCCUCAAGAAAGGCAGGAAGCCACCACUUAGUAAGUGCCCUUUCUAGGCAUGAGCCUAACAAGUGAACAAAUCUCAGAUUCACCAGAAAGGACAACUGGGCACUGGCAUCAGGUGAGUUGAAGAGGACGAAGCAGUUGCUAAUUCCAGCUCAAAUCCUGAUGCUCUUUUAAGAUGAUAGCAGGUCCUUGCCCUUCCUGUAGCCCUCAGACUGAAAUCACUUGACUUCUAUUUCCAACAGCCAAUAUUUGCAUUUCUUUGCCUAUGGCUUCCCCAACUUCACAAACCAUUCUGCUAACACACAUGGCAUAUGCAUAUGUGAGGAAUGAAUGCUGGCCCAUGGCUCCUACAACCAGUGAUGGGAGUUGGUGUUUUGUAAACUUCCAAAACUCCUUUACCCCUCAAAUGAAAUAAACUCUCCCUAGAAUUUCCCUGGCUACUUUUUGAACUGUUUCCCUUCUCUUUCUCACUCUUCUAUUCCAAUAUUGGUUUCCUGAAGUUUUCAAAUAAAUGAUUUGCACUUAAAUCAUCUCAGGGUCUGUCUGUUUCUAGGAACCCCAAUCCAAGACAAAGACAUUUCUAGAACUUUCCCAAGCCAUUGCAAUCUGCCCUGCUCUGAACAUUUGAGAACAUACAUCUACAACACAGAGUUUAGCAUCUGAUUGUUUUCUGGUUGCAUUUGCUUUUCAUAUAUUUAGUGCAUGAAUACACACACUCCCAACCCGCUAUAAGCAUUCUGAAGGAAGGAACCAUACCUUACACCUCCUUGUGUCCCUGGCACAACAGCCCCACUCCCCCUCCGCCAAGUAAUUAGCUCAUAGCAGGUGGCUCACAGGUACUUUCCAACUAACUGUUCCAUAGAGACUGGGACUUGACUGACCAUCAGUGUCUUGUACUAGUAGAUGGCAUCUGAUGACAUGGCAGGUUGUGUUUGAGAAGGCCAGGAAAACUAUCGACAUUGGGUUCCAGUCAACAGUUAUGGAUACUGUUUUUCAGGAUCUGUCAGUCUCCAUCCCAUAUGGUCCCCAAAGUGUCCAGACCAGCAGCAUUGAGUAUCACUCAGAAACUUAAAUCAGAAUCCAUAAUUUAACAAGAUGCCCAGGUGGUGUAUAUGCACAUGAAAGUGUAAGUAGUACUGCUCCUGAGGAUCCAGGCCCUACAGGAUUUAUCUGCUAUAGAACCUGAGGGAGUCUAGACAUACCCACAUAUAUACAUACAUGCUUGAUGUGUAUAUGUUUCCAGACACACACACUGCUAUACCCAAUUUUCUUUGCAAGACCCACUUGUUUUUAUGUAAAUAAUCAGUAACCUUUAACAGUCAUAAUCUUUGACAAUGUCAGUAUAUACAUGAAGUCAGGAAAUAUCAUGGAUUACCUAUAAUACAAUUUAUGAAUAUUUAUCACACACCUGCUGUAUGCAAGACACUGUAUGCAAGUGCAAAGUUAAAUAAAAUUCAAUCCCUCUGCUAUAAAAAGGGGCUUUUUUAUUCACUUAGAAAUGAUCCUUUACUCACUCGAGCCCAGGAGUUCAAGGUAGUGAGCUAUGAUUGUGCCACUACACUCCAGUGGCACAAUAAAAUAGAAGAAAAAAAUGAUACUUUACUAGGCAAAAAUUGCGAUGCUUUGACACUUUUGUGUAAUAUUCUUAGAAUUCCUCACUCCAUCCCCCCUCCUGUAUAAAGGGAGAGGGUGUUCCUAAAUAACGGUUCACAUGGAAUAUCACAGGAGGAUAUGUACAAGUCUUUUCUAUUGCUUAAGUUCUUGUUUUUAUUUUUAAUGUUAUUCAAUGUUUUUGUAGCUCAAGCAGGAUCUGAAAGUAUUCCAAGGGCUCCCUGCAGGAUUUGACACAAAGGUAUUAUCACUAUGAUGUAAAAUUGCGUAACAAUUAUACUCUCAAAAUAUAUGAAGAGAGUACUUGAAAGUAGAUGAAUUUUGUUGCAAAGCCAUGACUAACUAUACUGUCUUGGAAUUAUAUUUACAUUUCAGCCUUCUUCAUUAUUUAUCAAAAAAGUUAAGCCUGAAUUUAUUUUGUAGUGAGUAGGGCUUAGGAACUUGGUACUGGUUUACAUGAACUGAGCUGAAGUUCUCUAAGAAAAUAUGUAUCUAACAGUUGGCUUAGCAGCAAUACACUAUCACACUAAAAUGUUCACAUGUAUAGAUCAUAAUAUUAACCAGAAUGGUUGCUGUUAUCUAUGUGUAUUCAUGUAGAAAACAUGUAAGAAAUUACACUGAGAGGAUAUUUUGACAUCAGUUUAUUUCUUGCUAAGUAAUAAAGUAAAUGAAGAAAUAUUUGUUGCUUUUUAAGAUUAAUAAAUAUGAGAUAAAUAGAAAAUAAAUGUUUCCAGAACUGUUGAUGAGUAAAUGAAAGUGGUCUGGGUAAUAUUUCCCAACCUUCAGUGCAGUAUAGAUCCUAUAGGGGUCUAAACAUCUAACAAUUCACUCAGAAAAUUAGAAAAUAAACCUUUCUAACCAUCUUGCUUCAUUGAAAUCUUUAUUUACUAUAUGUGGUUGAUUUUUUAAAUCUCUGGAUUAGACUAAACUCCUACUCCUGUCUACGUUUUCUCCAGCUCUUCCUUCUAUUGCCUUCUGCUUUAAGAGGGCAAACUUCCUUCAGCUGUAGGCAGCAUUCUCUCACAAUGAGGGUUCCUAUCUCCUUCAAAUCUUCCUUUCUUCAUCCAGAAGAGUUUCCAGAGCCCACCUUCUCCAUGACAGCAACACAUUUCUAAAGCACUGUUUGUCCACCAACUCCUUCUUGACUAGUAAAUACAAAAUAAAGGGGGGUAAGAGAGUGAUAGAGGGGCAACAGCAAAAGUUACAAAUGUUCCCUGAAGGAAACAAUUCUACCUUUCCUCAUCUUAUGAAGUGAGAAUAACCUCAAAGACAAGUUGCAUGGAUUUUAGCAUCCCAUACGAUAUACAUAAUAGGCACUAAAGAUACAGUGAGGUGACUCUUCUGUUCAUCUAUUGAAAAGUGGCAAGAUUAAACCAUGCUUAAGAUCUCAACACAACACUAUUUAAAGUCCUAAACUGUUUUAUUCUAUUUCCACCAUUUACCUAAAGGGGAGCUCACAAAUGAGUGGAAACGAAUUUGGAAACUGAUGGUUUUUCUCCAGGCAAGCAUAUUUCAGACUUUUUCUUUUGCAGACAUCUUAACCAGGGGUAUCUUCACAACCCCAUUCUAUUAACUGAAAUUUGCUUCCAUUCAUUUAUUCACUCGUUCAUUCUCUGCUUACUUCUAGAAAGCAAUUAAGGCAGUUCACAAGGAAAUCACAGUUGCUGCGAAACCAAAAGAAAAAAAAGAAAAUUAACUCAAGGAAAAAUCCUUGAACUACAAAAGGGAGUGUUGGAAGGAUUGGUGGGUAAGGUACCAGAGAAAUUAUUACUAUAUCAAAGUUUCCUUAGCUAAGGAAAUCACCAACCCAAGGCAAGGUUUACACUUUCGCAAAAUGCAUUUUUCCAUUUCAUUCUUCCCUAUAAGUAAUGAAAUAGUGCCCAAAUCUCUCUGUCUAACCUGUAUUUUGGGUGUUACAUCUCAACUACCAUGAAUAAAACAUCCUGGCUAUUUGUUUUGAAACUAAGGAGGUGCAAAGAAAAAUAGGCACCUUGCAUCUAAUUAUCUAAUGAGUAAAUUAUGUCAUGUAAUGAGUAAAUUAUGGGAAGUUCAAUUGUAACUGAUGUAUAGUUCAACUGAGUUAAAUCUUACCAUAUUGUUCCUUUUUCUAAUGAGCUAAAAGCAUAUACUUUUUUCCUGUCAAAAAGUUCAAAUACAAUCAGCCUCUCCUUUUAUUUCUCUUUUCUUUCUUUUUGGACCCAUAAUAGGCAUCAUUCUUCAAAAUGAUUUCCAUGAUUGGGCCAGAAGGCCUGUGGUUACUUUUCUCUUUCACUCAGAGAUUGCACCUCAUUUACUAAACAGAUAUUGUGUAAUUAAAGAUGGGCUACUUCUUUGAGUUCUCUAGAAAUGUUUCAAAUCUAAAGUCCCCAAUGGUCUUUCAAAAAGUUUGUUUAAUUGAAGCAAAAGAAAUAGUGGAGCCAUUGUUCAGGAUAAUCAAUGAGAGGUCAUUUACAUGAGGGGACUAUGGCAUGGUGGGAGAGGAAAAUGUGGCUCAGUAUAAUUCAUUCUGGGUCCCUUGAGCCCACACAAAAGAUUUACCUUUAAGAGGCUAAGUUCCCAAGCCCCUAGUUUUUAGAGAGUAAAUCCAAACUAUAGAACCUCUAAAUCUUUUAUCAAUUCAUAAAAUAAUACUAUGUUUGAAGUUAAAAUUAGACAGACUUCCAUAAGCUUUAGGAUUCUGUAAUUAUUUGGGGGUCAAUGCAACAACAACAACAAAAUGCUGAAAAAUAAACUCUUAGCACAAAUAGAGGGGGAUUUGGGUUUUUAAACACAGACACGGCCACAUUGAAUGCUAUUUGGGGAAAAAUAAUUUGAAAUUGAAAAAAACGUAUUUGACAACAGACCAUGUCAAGUUUUCUGCCCUUUAAAAAAUUCAAACUAAAGACAUAAUUUAUUGUCUCAAAUAACAUAGCAUAAAGUUAAGCCACCUCUCAUAUCCUCUGAUUUCUAUUUUAAAUCCUAAGUCAAUUUCAUUCAAACAUCUUUUUGAGAAAGAUAUACUAUGUUCCACACUCAACUUUAGCCAUCAUUGUUUUAUAAUUAAUAAAUUAUACCUUGCUUUUUUUCUCAAGGGUGGGUUUACUUUAGCAUUCUGUGCCAAAUGCAUAGACCUAAACUAAAUCCAACUUAUCCUUAAUUUUUAACAUGAUACAAAAUGUAACAUUCAUAUAAAACAAAGAAUACAUCUGUUUUCAUCAGCUGUUUCUUAACUUUUAUUACUGGGAUUUAUUUUUUAAAAUUGUUUUGCCCAGACAGCUUUGUUUUCCUAAGCGUGAUUUAUUACUCUCCCAUGAGCACACAAAAAAUACGUGUUCCUGUAUCAAAAAUAAUGAAGAAUGGAAACUUAUUCAUUUUACAAUUGACUAAAUGAUCAUUUAAAAUACGUAAAUACGUUUAAAUUCUAAUAGGGUUUCUUUCAAUCAAUAGGUACAAAAAUAUAUUCAAUUACCCCAAGUUGAUAUACAGAAAAAUUGAGACACAAUCAAAAGAUAAAAGAAAGAAUUGAAGAAAGUGACUUUUGUAAUGCUAUUCUAAAAAUCAGCUCAAAGUUGGAGAAUUAUGUACGUAAGAGAGAGAUUAACAAGAUUUUUAUUUAUUUAUUUUCUCCUUUGUUCCACAAAAAAAUAUUUCAGGCAGCUUGCUUCUUGAUGUUCUGUUAAAAGAUUAUACAAGCUUUUGAAUAUGAUUAACAUUUGAUGUCUACUUUCUUGGCAAGCAUUUUACAUGUAUUUUAUGCUAAUAUUUUAAGGCUAAAAGAGCAUUUUCUUGUCUGUGUGGCAUAAUUUUUAAAGAAUGAAAUUUAUUAAUUGUAAAAAUAUCUUGAAAUUUAAAGAUUACUAGAUAGCUUGACCUUUACUGGCUUCCCUACUUCAAUAACAGCAAGUUUUUGCAGAAUUUAAAAGACUGUAACAUUUUUACUUCAGAAAUAGGAAAAGAUUGAAAAAGAUUGAGGAAUAAUUAUAAAGAGAAAACGAUAUAAAUAUCUAGAUUAUUUAAAAUAAUGAGCUAAAGUUGGGUUCAGGUCACAAAGAAAAUUUUAAGUUGUAUAGUGUUUUGAUGUAAUCACAUAACUGUUUUUAAAGGAGAAAUUGGCUUUCUUGGUGAAAUGUUGAACAUAUUUCAAUUCUAAGUAAAGUCUUUUGCAGGUUACCAAAAUACUGGCUCACAUUUGCUUAUAUUGAGUUGGUUUUGGGGUGUUGGACAUUUCUAGAACUUCCCAACCAUUAUCAAUUCUCAAGAUAAAUUAACUGGGAAAAAUUAAAGGGCUAUAUAGCUUCUAAAAUGGCUUGUUUUCAUUUUUGUGAUAAUUCAAAUAUUUCUGCAUUCAUGUUUAAGAUUUUUGAUACUUAAGUAAUAAUAACUAAUGUUGAUUUAACAUUUCUGUAUAACAGGCAAUUUUUAGCUCACUUUUUUUCAACUCACUGAAUUCUCACAACCUAUGAUGGUCAAUAUUAGGUGUCAACUUGACUGGAUUGAGGGAUGCCUGGAUGGCUGGUAAAGUAUUGUUUCUGGGUGUGUUGCUCUGGCCCAUUUGUCAAGUGACCCAAAAGGCAGAUAGUUUUGAGUGGAACCCAGACCAGAAGUCUCUGCAACAGGUCUAGGCUACUGUGCCAGCCGUAUGACCCAGCAGAUCUAGUGGUGCAUGAGGUAUCAAUGG